CCCCCCCACUCCCCGCAAGGGGAACCGGCCACAGGCCGCCUGUCAGCCUCAGGCCUCCUGGAAAAGGAUCGCCCUUUCCUCUGCGCGUGCAGCAAACAUGUCUUGACCGAAGACAUAGUGCACCGGGAGGUCACCCCCGACCAGAAGCUUCUGUCCCGGAGACUUCUGACCAAGACCAACAGGAUGCCCCGCUGGGCGGAGCGACUGUUUCCUGCCAAUGUUGCUCACUCGGUGUACAUCCUGGAGGACUCGAUUGUGGACCCACAGAAUCAGACCAUGACCACCUUCACCUGGAACAUCAACCAUGCCCGGCUGAUGGUGAGGCCCCCCCCCACCUCCCCCAGCACACCCAGCCUUCGGGGGCUGCUGUCGCCCCGGGUCACGGAAAUGCCAGGCCAGGGCCCUACAGUCCAGCCUGGUUGGCCUCCUCACCACUGGUCCCUUGGAUCGCUUGCCAGCUGGAGACUGGGGCGCCUUGUGAGGACCAAACGCAGUGGGUCUCAUGCCUGGCCCACGAACACAGGUUGGCCCCGCAGGAGGCGGGCCGAGGGAGGAAAGGGGGCAGUGGUUUGCAUCUUGGCCUUCCAGCCUUGCUGGGAUGUGCCGGACCCACGCUCCCACCCCUUGCCCUGGUUAACCGAGCUGGGGUCCCACGUGCAUGGUCCCCGUGUUAGACCUCCGCCUCCAGAGAUUUGGGGGAAAAGAUGUCCCACAUAACUGUUCUUUUCUUGCCUUUUAAAAAUGCCUUUGACC